GGUUUGGUCGUGUAGCUUUCACCGUAAUUCUGGACAACGUCAGCACAAACCUGAGGUAAAACUUCUACCAAAAGUAUAUUCCUAAACAGUACAGUUCUUCAUUUUGCAACCCAUAAACACUUAUUCUAAAAUUAAGAGUGGAUUUUUCUAAAAAUAAGAUGUGAUUAUCAAAAUCACUAUUGUUAAAUGUUUCUUUCAUUCAACACUGAAGGCGUUUAGUAUUAAAAUAUGGACAGUUAUAAUUAUAAUCAUUAAUAUGUUCUGGUUCAUUGUAAAAAAAUAGAUUUAUAGUGAUUUUGAGGAAACUAUAAUCAGAUUACUUAGUUGAUCCCGCAGAUUAUCAAAACAAUUUUAACGUUUCAACAAAAUCUACACAUAUUGAGAUCAAGUACUCCAUUUUUACUACAUUUCUCAAUAUUACCAACGUUUUAACCAGUGUACUAGCUGAUAUCAAGUAAACGGAUCAAAUGUUUACUGGUCUAACUAAACUAAUUAUAUAUAUAAGCUAACUUUCAAGUCUCACAACAAAAGUACAUCGAGCAUUAAUUCCACAAAUAUACCUGGUCAUCAAAAUUGACCAAUAUUUUUAAACAUCUCAAUAAAGUGUUUUGAAGCGCGGAAAGUUCGCAUAAAAAAUUACUGAGUUUCUAAUAUGUGUAUAGAUGACAGGUAAGCUAAAUUGGUUUACUGAUACUAAUUUUACAUUUUUUUCUCAACAUGCACUCUUCAAACUCGGUUCACAAAGAUCAAUAUCAAGGUUUAUCAGAUAGCAUUUAUGUCAACAGUUAGGGUUACUAGCAUGCAUUCACUUUUUAUAUUUAUAAACAACCAUUACUUAUUUCAUGGCCCAGUGUAUAACAAACAGAGGAAUUUGCGAGUUAUCCUGAUGGCUGAUACUUAUAAAACGAAAAUUUAAAUCUAAAUGGUAAUCCCAAAUUUUUGUAAUAGUCUAGUGUCCUUUGAUCCUGUUUGUUGGCAAGUUAUCAUACUGUGAUGAUUUUGUAACAUUCAUUUUGAAUUUGUCACAGGAUCAGUGUUCCAUUGACUAUAUAUUCUCUAGACCGAGAAAGCACUUAUUUUUUGCACACUCUUCCUCAACACUAUGGACAUGUGCUGUCUUUUCUUGCACAACUUUAAUAAGUGAGUUCUAAACAAAACAAGUUCACUUCUAUUUUCUGCAAAUCAUAGGUACUACUUUUAGACAAAUCACAGUACAGUUACAACUGUAGAACGAAAAUGAAUAAUUUGUAAAUAUCAAUGCCAAGGUUUGACUAAUAUUUCCAAAUAAAUUGAGCAUUUACUGUAUUGUUUACGAUAAAUAAUAAUCUAGUUGUAAUGUCUGAACAGAUGAACAACCAAAAUCCAGAAGUUUCGUGGCUUAGUGUAAGUUGCUUCUUCACAAGUAUACGGGCAGUACUCAAACAAAUCGAAUGACGAAAUUUGGCGCAUAUAUAUUUGGUGCCUCCUUGUGCCGAUGUUUAUGUGUUUAAAUAAAUAAGUAAAUUAUACAGAGGGACAAAGCAGGAUAUUUAGUAAGAUUAAAAUAGUUUUGAUUUCAUCUAUGUCCUCCCACUUCCGUCCAGAUGGUUCUGUGUGAGCUACAAUCGUGUAUGUUCAUGUGUAUGCUAGUGGGUCUGAAAAAAUGAGUUUUUUUUAACUUGAAAGAGUGAAGUUGUCUGCAUUUAAAUCACAUACUUUUUGUACAAGGUACUUUUAGUUGACAAGUAGUAUUUGAAUGACUAAAACGUAGUUGUUGCAUUAUAUAUACUAAUGCGCUCAAUGAAUUCAAACCAAAUUCUUUACAUUUAGCCAAACGAUUUAAAAAAAUGGUAGUGGCAAAAAAUCUAAACACGUGAAUCAGCUUAGAGUUUCCAACCAAAAAUCCUCUUGAGCCAAAUUAUCAGUAAGAUUUUGGAGAAAUCAAGUGAACUGUAUGAAAAACAAUCACCACAAAAUAUUCUAGUAACAUGGGUGAACACAAUUUCCUUACCAGAUCUUGACAAGUUUGAGCAAGAUAAAGCCCUGGCUUUCGCAUAUUGAGACGGCACAAUGCGCAUGGUCGUGUUGAUCUGGUCGCCAGGCUAAGCUAUGUGCAUUACAGGAGAUCAUGAUACUCCUUUUAUUUCUCCGUGUCAGUUUUUACUCGAUCGGAAAAAAUCACACUUAUUUAAUUCUACUAACAAUUUGUCUUCAAAUAAUUACAAACAACAAAAACCUAUACACAACAGUGCCUUAUUUCCAAGUAUUUGCUCAUCAUCAGCUAAAUUUAUUACAACUGAACGUUCGGGAAUUCUGAUCAUCUUGUUUAUUUUAUUGGGCGAUAUACUCUGUGCAACAGCCAGGUUCACGCAUUUAUCUGAAAAAUUUCAAUCAGUCGCUGAAGACAAGAAUAGUGAACUUGUAUUCCUAAAUCUUCCUGCUUCAUCCUCAGCAUUAAAACCAACAAGAUUUACUCGACGAACAAGCAAACCAUCUGGUAAAUUAGACGCUCGUAAGACUGAUAUAAAAACGUACUUUAACAAAGCUCGAAGACAUUUAUCACUUGACGGACAAAUGGAAAUAAAGUUUUUGAGUUCCGAACUUGUUGAAUUUAUUUGCCACCGACUUCCCGAUCCAUGUGCUCGCGCUGCUUAUCUUCGUCAACAUGUCAGACACGAUUUGUGCUUUCGUUUGCCUUUAUUGUAUCUCCUCCCACAUACUGAUUCUCGUUUGGAUAAACCAUAUUUGUCGGAAUAUAAACCUGGAACUUGUAAAGGAAGUCUAUCUCAUCUCACAUAUUUACCUUCAGAUAGUAUUUUUGAACAGUUUCUGACUCCGGUCCAUAUAUGUGAACACAGUCUACUUUCGCUAAAAAAGAUAAUGGACGAUAAUUUAACUUCACAUUUUGGAAUAUUUGAUGAUCUACUAGAAAAGUCAUUUUGUGUUAAACCAUUUGAUUCCCGCCCUAACGUAACAGGAGAAUGCCAAUGUCAGGAGUGUCAAGAAGCUUAUAGAAGUUGGUUUUGUGCAACAGAAUUCCCACUGUAUUAUCCACUUGAUGACGCAGAUUUAAGUAUACCUUUACACUCGAAAUCCUUGGAUUCCGAUAUAACUGACGUUGAAGUUAAUCGAAUUCAUGUUCCCGUCACAAUUUCAAAUUUAUCGACCAGUUCCAAAAUGCCUCGUCCUCGAAAGAGUAGUUACUUUUUAAAUAGAUCAUCACCGACACAACCAUUUGAUUUAUCUGUUGUAGAAUCUAUGUCAGAACCCAGGAAUAUAUAUCGAAAAUCUAACCCCACAGAAUUCCAGGUAGAUUCUCAUUUACUUUUUCGACUGGAAAUUGUACAACCCUGCAUUUCAUGGUGUACUCAGGUUGAGACUGUUUGCCCAUAUUUAAAUCCCGCUGAUCCUACCUCAAACGGUGGUGAACCUGCAUUUUUGUGCGAUGAAAGUCAUUACCAUCACAGUUCAAGAUAUCAAGCAGUUUACUGGGAUGUGAAUACUUGUGAGUCUGAGUGUUGUUUUGGUGUAUCAGACUCAAUUCUUCUUUCUGUAUCCAUUCCCGAUAAGAAGCAGUAUUCUACUCCAACUGAUUUUCUUUUAUCAUAUUCAUCUGAUGUUGAGCAAUCUAACGAUAAUGACUCAUGUAGUCAUUUACGUGAUCGCUGCCUUCAUCGACUUUUAUCAGUGCAUCAUUCAUCAUUGAUAUCAGAAUUUUCAUCUGUUGUUCCAGAUCAAACAUCAUCAAUAUAUUUCAAUUAUGAUUUCAAUCAAUCUAAUAGAAUUAAUUCCAAGAAUUUCAGUAACUACCAUUCAUUAUCUCCUGCUCUAUAUAAAAUAGAUAGCAUUUCUUUUAAAAUUAUGCUUACGAUAUCGUUCACUUUUCAUUUUUUCAUUUGGUUACAUAACAUUCAAGUUUUAUUAUUUCAAAAUUUCACUUCAAUUUUAAUUUUUUUGCGUUAUCAUCAUGUGACGAUGACGAUUAUGAAUACUCCUCCAACAAACAGUAUUGAUGAUAAUAAUACUACUGAUGAAAAUACACAUUAUGUAUCGAGUUCUUUGAGUCAUCCACCAGCUUCUUUAGUAUCACACCCAUCACUCUCUCCGUCUCAUUUUACAAAACAUUCAACUUCAUGUCGACCAUCGUAACAACAAUUUCUGGAUUUAUCUUAUAAUGUGAUAGAUUAUUAUUAUUAUCACUAUUACUAUUAGGUAACCUUUUUAUCUCUAUAUUUUAUAAUAAACAAAUUGCUAGAAGAGUGGCUUCUCAAUCCUAUUCGAUUUGUUGUUAAUCUUUAUUAUUGCUAGUUGUGAUUAAUGUUUGUUGUUAGAUACUUUCCAACUUUUGUGUUGCCUUUUUCCGCUGUUGUCUCCAUAAUAAAGAUCUUGGAUUCGACUUUUUUCCUACUAAACAUUGUUGCUUUGUAAUAAUUAAUAAUUGAGUGAAUUGUAAAUCGACAUCAGAGCUCAUAUAUAUAUAGCGCAUUAUUAUCGUUUUUUGCUUUAAAUAUAAUUAACCUUGAUAAAUGGCAAUUGCAAUUUUUCUUGUCGAUCUCUAUUGUUUGAGGGUCGAUUCAGUUAAGCAUUUGAUUUUAUUUAUUGCAGACGUAUUGUGUAGCGCCUUCUUACUGCUACUACUAUUACUACCACUCAUCUAUUGAUUCAUUCCUACUUCUAUGUGAUGUAUCUUUCGUAGUAUUUAUAAAUCAUAUUCUUUUAAAUUCUCAUCUUGUUUAUCUUUUAAUUUCACUAGUAUAAUUGUUUAUAACGCAUUUAUAUUCUUCUGCUGAUGUAAAGAUUUAUUUUACCGUUCAUUUAUAUAUAUAUAAUCUAUCCUUUCUUGUUUCAGUUCCCACUAUAUAUACACAUACAAUCACAUUGGAAAUAAAAUAUUCAUUUACCAUA